CUAUUUCUACCUGGAGUUAUCUCCCAUUUUAUGUUUGUUUACUUUUAUACGAUAUCAAUGUUUCAUUUCUUUCGACUUUGUACACAACCUAGUACACAACAACCGGAAUUCAAAAGUACAAAAUGUAGAUUAUUAUAUCAAUAAAAUUAACGGAAAUAUAAGAUGUCAUUCUUUGAAGAUGCCAAGACAUUUUAUACAGACUUUCUUAAGAGAGGAGAUCCUAGAGUAGAGGAAUGGUUCCUUAUGCAGAGCCCCGUUCCAAUAAUGAUAUUAUUUGUUUCGUACGUUUUCGUUGUGCUUGUCAGUCCUAGAGUUAUGAAAAAUGUACAACCAUUAAAUCUGAAAGCAGUUCUUAUCCCAUACAACUUUAUUUUAGUUGGAUUAUCCAUUUACAUGUUUUUAGAGUUUCUUACUGUUUCAUUACUGUCAAAUUAUAGUUACCUAUGUCAGCCAGUGGAUUAUUCAGAAAGUCACUUGGCUAUGAGAAUGGCGAAGGUUUGUUGGUGGUUCUUUUUCUCGAAGGUUAUAGAACUUUUAGAUACGGUAUUUUUCAUAUUACGUAAAAAGUUUAAUCAGGUCUCAUUUUUACACGUGUAUCAUCAUUGUACAAUGAUAUUAAAUUGGUGGAUGGGUGUCAAAUAUGUCGCAGGAGGACAGUCUUUUUUUACUGGGAUGCUAAAUUCCUUUGUACAUAUAUUUAUGUAUACCUACUAUGGACUUGCUGUAUUUGGACCACAUAUGCAAAAGUAUCUUUGGUGGAAGAAGUACCUUACAAAACUUCAAUUGACACAGUUUUUGGCGUUUGUUAUACAUACUGGAUAUAAUUUAAUAACUGACUGUGACUUUCCUCAAGGCUUUAAUGUUGCCGUGUUCAUUUAUGCAAUAACACUCAUUUUACUAUUUGGAAACUUUUACUACCAUUCCUACUUAGAAAAACAACGAGAAAAGAAGAAAUUUUAUUAGGUUAUUUUAUGAAAUAUUAUAAAACAAUGAAAAAUAAAAAUAAAGUACC